UGUGACGUAUAAUUAUAAGACUUCAUCAUAUCUCUCUCUCUCUCUCUCUCUCUCUCUCUCUCUAAAUAGCAAAACAGGCUCUUAGCUUUCAGCGUUGUUCACAAUGUCCACUCCAAUUUCCUUCUCCCUUCACUCACUCUGCUUCGCCUUCGCAGUCAUCACCGUCACCCAGAACUCCAUCCCAGCACGUGCCGACCUCCCCGGCACGUGGGAACUCCUGGUCUCCAACGCCGGCAUUUCCUCCAUGCACACCGCCGUCACCAGGUUCAACACCGUCCUCCUCCUCGACCGGACCGACAUCGGCCCGUCCCGUUUAAAUCUCCCAAACCACCACUGCCGCAUCGACCCGGACGACGCCGUUUUGAAACGCGAUUGCCACGCUCACUCUGCUCUCCUCGACCUCCACACCAACAGAAUCCGCCCCCUCAAGAUCCUCACCGACACGUGGUGCUCCUCGGGCCAGUUUCUCCCCGACGGCACCCUCCUGCAGUCCGGCGGCGACCGCGACGGCGCCCGUAAGUUCCGGAAAUUCGCCCCGUGCAAUUCCACGUCCCUCUGCGAUUGGGAAGAGCUUCGAAACAUCAAAUUAUUUAAAGCGCGUUGGUACGCCACGGAUCAAAUACUCCCUGACGGUACUAUCAUAAUCGUUGGGGGCCGCACCGCCAGCAGCGUGGAGUACUUCCCGCCGAGAUCUGGCGGUGCGGUGAGUUUGCCAUUCCUCGCCAAGGCGGGCGACGUAGACGACCAGAUGGAUAACCUGUAUCCAUACCUUCACCUUCUCCCUCAAGGACAUCUGUUUAUAUUUGCUAACACUAAAUCCGUGCUAUACGAUUACGAUAAAAACCAGAUUGUUAAAGUUUUCCCGCAGUUAGAGGGGGGGCCACGUAACUAUCCAUCCGCAGGAUCCUCUGCAAUGCUAGCAUUGGAAGGGGACUAUUCUACGGCCACGAUUGUGAUUUGCGGUGGGGCCAAGUACGGUGCAUACAUUAGGCGGGAAGUGGAUAGUCCGGCCCACAAGAGCUGUGGACGGAUUGUGGCGACUAAGCCUGACCCUAUUUGGGAGAUGGAGGAAAUGCCGUUUGAUCGGAUCAUGGGCGAUAUGGUAAUGUUACCAACCGGAGAUGUGAUAAUCAUCAACGGGGCUAAAGAAGGGACUCAAGGGUAUGAAAUGGCAACGGAUCCGUGCUUGAACCCACUUUUGUACCGACCCGACCAACCUGUGGGACUCCGAUUCAUGACACUGAAACCUAGUUUAAUCCCCAGAAUGUACCACUCGACGGCAAAUUUAUUGCCCGAUGGGAGGAUUUUGAUCGCCGGUAGUAACCCACAUUACAUCUACACAUACGACAGGGAUUUCCCGACAGAGCUAAGGAUUGAGGCUUUUUCACCAGAGUAUUUGGCGACAGACAAGGAGAAUUUGAGGCCGGUGGUGGUGGAGACACCAGAGACGUUGCGAUACAGGGAGGAUUUUGAGGUGCAUGUAACAGUGCCACUACCGGUGGUGGGGAUAGUGGAGCUGAAUUUUGCGAGUGCGCCUUUUGCUACGCAUUCGUUUUCGCAGGGGCAGAGAUUGGUAAAAUUGGUUGUCACCAGUGCGGUGCCAGAUGGCAGCGGACGUUACAGGAUUGGGUCUACGGCACCGCCGAACGGGAAUGUGGCACCGCCGGGGUGGUACAUGAUGUUUGCGGUCAACCAGGGGGUGCCUAGUGUCGCUCGUUGGGUCCAUCUGAUCUCCUAAUUUUAAAUAUUUCGCGCUUCUCUAUAUUUAUUGUUUUCCUUCCCUUUUGCGUUCUUUUUAUUUUUACUUUCCACAGGGUUUUAAGGAACUUGUUUUGAAAAUGUUGAUGAAACAUUUUCACCCAAAAAAAAAAAAAAAGUUGAUGAAUAACACCUUAGUUUGUGAAAUAAUAAAGUUAUGGGUACA